AGUGUACGAGCGUCUCUUCCCCACUUCUGAAGAAGGGUCCAGCUUUCCUGCUCCUCUGAUGCUGCUUGGCCUGCUGUGUUCAUCCAGUUCUCGUUAUCUUUUCGCAUUGUCUGACUUUGCAGCUGAAUACUUCCUGUCAAGUUAACGGAACUCUUGAACUUCACUUUUUAAUCAACCCUCGAGCUGUACAGUUACUCUGAACCAGCCGUAAACUGUUCCUCAACGUCAUGUCGCAUCUAGCAGAUAAAAUGUUCCCAGAGAUUUGUCUGCUUUUAGUGGCUGUUUCUCCUGGACUUGGAAGAGAUUAUGGAAACUUUCCAAGCCCAACAAUAACAUUGGAACCCACAUCCAGCCUAGCCCUACAAGGCGGGGUUGUCGUUGUCAAGUGUGAAACGCACUCUGAGGAUCCAAAAACUGUCUAUCUGUUUCAUAACAAUAAGGUCAUUUACAGGGUUCUACCUGUCACAGUCUCACCUGUAGUCUACACCAUCGUCAAUGUAACCUCCCAAAAUACCGGGUAUUAUCGUUGUCUGUAUGAAAAUGUUUCCGAUCGACGUCAGAAAUCGAGGCCAAGUACACCUGUUAGCUUGUCCAUUUUGGCUGGGAUCAAGGCACCUUCGACUGUCCUCCAACUGGCUCCAGCUGAGCCCUUUGAAGGUGAAAAUUUCACCAUGGGUUGCUGCACCACUGCAAGCAGUCAGUGUUUCAUCUUCAAGCGUGGGCACAUACAAAAUGAGUAUCUGCAAAUUGCAGAAGUGAAGAGCAAUGCAAUCGUCACGAUAGCGAAUGUGACUUAUAGUGACACGGGGAAUUACUCAUGUCGCUGCCUCAUUGAUGUCAACGGUAAAAGUGUCUAUACUGCCCAGAGUGACUGGUUGGAAGUAACUGUAAUGGGAAACAUUCCAAGCCCAACAAUAACAUUGGAACCAGCAUCCAACCUGGCUGUGCAAGGUGGGGUUGUCGUUGUUAAGUGUGAAGCGCACACUGAAGAUCCAAUAUUUAUCUAUCUGUUUCAAAACAAUAAGAUCAUUUACAACUUUACAUCUGCCUCAAGCUCACCUGUAGUCUACACCAUCAACAACAUAACUUCUGAACAUGCCGGAAAUUACCAUUGCUUGUAUGAAAACAUUUCUGAUCAGCGUCAGAAAUCAAGGCCAAGUGCUCCUGUUCAACUGUCCAUUUUGGCUGGGAUCAAGGCACCUUUGAGUGUCCUCCAACUGGCUCCAGCUGAGGUCUUUGAAGGAGAAAAGUUCACCAUGAGUUGCCGCACUUCUGCCAGCAGUCAGUGUUUCAUCUUCAAGGAAGGCCACAAACAAAAUGAGCAUUUUCAAAUUGCAAAAGGGAAGAGCAACACAACUGUCAUGAUAGCGAAUGUGACUUAUUGUGAGGAGGGGAAUUACUCAUGUUGCUGCCUCAUUGAUGUCAAUGGUAAAAGUGUAUACACUGCCCAGAGUGACUGGGUGGAAGUUACUGUGGUAGACCGUCCAAAACCAAAACCAACCGAUGAAGCUGUGACAAAGCUAAAUUCCAGCCUUAUAUUGACAAUAGCAUUGGCUUCAACAACGUUCAUAGUACUUAAUCUGAUUUGCGCCUUUUUGGCAGCCUGUCUGUCCAUGAAAAAAGCUGCAGUGUGCCACCUACCUCACCAUGGAGAGAUGGAGCUACAGGACUAUAAUCAAUGAAUGAUGUCAAUGGUUUUGAAGAGAAGGAUGGAUAAUAUUUGACAACCUACAGGUGACUUGCUGAAACUAGAGUGGAGAAAAGGGGGUUUCAAAACUAUACAUACCCAGAGAAUGAAGCUAAUAAAGGCAAUUCCUUAGAGUUGUGAAUGCAGCCCAGUCCAUCACUCAAACCAGUGUUGACUCUAUCUAUACUUCCUGCUGCCUCGGGAAAGCAGCCAACAUAAUUGAAGGCCCCUCUCACCUCGGCUACACUUCCAUCCAUCAGGCAAAAGGUACAGAAGUUUGAAAACACAAACUAACAGAUUCAAGGACAACUUCUUCCCCACUGUUAUCAGACUUGUGAAAGGGCCUCUUGUUAUUAGAGUUGAUCUUUCUCUGCGCCUUCCCCGUCACUCUGAACCUAUAUUCUGUGUUCUGUUCUGUUAGCCCAAUGUACCUAUGUAAAGCAUGAUCUGCCUGGUUAGCAUGCAAAACAAUGCUUUUCACUGUAUCUCAGUACAUCAAACAAUAAUAAAUCAAAUCAAGUCAAAUCAAUCUCAUAAAGAGCAAACAUGAAGGGAAGCAGGCUCGGAAUGCAGAGGGCUGUAUAAAAAUUGAAAAUUUGCCUCCAAGACUUUGUACAGUUUUCUUUCCCAUUAGGCUGCCCUGAAGUUUGAGUUUGUUUUGCUUUUGAAAUGAAUCAAUUUGGCAAAAUGUUUGAUUGCUUCCUCCUUCCCUUGUUUUCUCAUUUUAUUUUUGUAUCUUUCCCUGCCACCUUUCACUAAUUUACAUCCCAUGUUAAAGGCUACCAGUUUGCAAAAGUUUAUUGGUCCGAACCAAAUGAUUGGUGUUUUUAUGAGGAAUGAACAGUUCACAUUUUCACAUAGCCUUGUUUCUCUCG